AUGGAAAAUUGGUCUGAUGUUUGGUACCUUUAUGCAUAUCCACCAUCGGAUAGGCUAAACCAUGCCUUGGUAGAUGGUUCCAUAGACCGAGUCUUUACUACUCCGGUCCUUCGUCAUGAACAGCUGCUCACGGAAAGUGUUUCGGAAUCUACUAGCCUUUUAAAGAACCAGGAAGCGGAAGAUCUGCAUAUUACUGAAGAUAAAGACGGUUUGAAGUGUUUGAUUGUAAGUUUUUGACAUUUCUUGUUGUAUUUUUAGAAAGCAGGGAGAAUGCGGAGAGCGUUUAAUCUUACAACUCAGUUACUUGUAAAGAUGGGGCAUGUCCCCAACGCACCCAUUAGAAGAGCGGCUUGUUCUGUGGAGUCUUUAGAGGUAAGAACGAUUCGGGUAUCACUUUUUUAGAUUUGGAAUUGCAGAUUCCAACUUUUGAUAGCUCUGGAGAUGCAAGACGUUUUAAAGGAAGAAGCUGCUGCUUUCAACGAACUUGAUGCUCCUGAUCUUUAUUUUGAGUUUAGAUCCCAGUUUCGGCGACUGGAUUAUAGAGGCAGUGUCAUUCCUUUUCAAUUUCGUCUUAUUCAUGCUGAGAUUCCGCGAUUUUCUGCACAGUAUGAGCAUUCUCUUAGCCGCCUAGCCAAUCUUGAAAAUGAUGCCAGACAAGUUUUUGAAAGCAUGAAUAACGACGCUCAUAAGGCUGUCUGGAAGAGAAGGUUGGAAGCUGUGAGGCUUACUCAAGCGCGAGUGGUCUAUCACAUGAAGGUAAAAGGCUUUAGCCGUACAGGAAACCUGCCAAGUGCAAUGCUCGGAUUUUCUUUAAACUUUGCACAUCGAGAAUGUCCCGUACAGUAGAAAAUAGGUAUGAAACCUUUCGUGCCGAAAUUCGCCAAAAAAUUAUCGCAUUCUUGCGACCUUCGGUCCAAAAAUCUCGUCGUUUCAGCAAAGUACGAGCUAGGAGUCUUGCAUAUAUAUCGUAAUAAAAAAAAAUUCUAAAUUUGUGCCAAGUUUUGUAAAAAUCUGAGCGGCGCGAGUACUUCCACUGUUAGCUAAUUACUUUAGGACCAUAUAAGUUCCAUCACUAUCUACGAGGAAUUGUUGGAGAAGACGGAAGAUGUAGAUAAGAAGAAACUAAUAAUGGAUCAAUUACUUAGAAUAACAAUGGCUUUAGGGCAUUUCAAGUUUCUCGAAUCAUUAAUCAACUCAAAGAUCGGUGAUCAAGUACACAAAAGGUAGUAGUAUUUCUGCUUCUGUAGUUCUUUAAUUUCAGAACAAUGUGGGCUGUUUUUGGGGCAAAUUAUCAAAAAGCAUUGGACCUAUUGAAUCAAAGUUCGGCUGAUUCUACUGAGGUAGGGGAAGAUUUAUUUGACACUGGCUUGUUUUUAGACGUGUAAUAACAAGGCCAUAUGCUAUUUAUAUACUGGAAGAGUCAAGGAGGCGGUCGAAAUAUUGUUGGCUCAUCGUCGGGCCCCAGUGCCUCUGAUGAAAAACUUGUACACGAUCGGUGAUCUGGCCUCGACAAACAGUGCUGAUAUACGGUCUCAACAUUUUUCAAAACAUUGCGCUUCACUUGCAGACCUGUAUGAUCCUGCACAAUUACGAGUUUUAUGA